AUGUUUUUUCUAUGGUUAGUCGCUAUUAUUUGCGCUUGUGAAACAAUAAAAAUUGAGAAUAAUGUGUGAGUGUUUUCAGAGUUUUUGAAUGAAUUCGAACGUAUUGUAGGAUCGAGUAUAAAUGUCCGAGGUCUUUGACGCCGAUCACGUUUGAGAAGUUUGCUGGCGAAAGCGACAAGUUUGGGAAGCCAGACGAUAAUUUGAAAGUGAGCAGAAGACGAAUUCGUGUGGGAGGGUCCAUGCCAAUGCCAUGCCAAUGCCAAUUUCACUAGCUAAAAUUGCCCGUGACCGUCAAGGGUCCAUGCCAAUUUUUUAAAAUUGCCGCGUACCCGUGACCGUCAAGGGUCCAUGCCAAUUUUUAAAAAUUGCCGCGUACCCGUGACCGUCAAGGGUUCAUGCCAAUUUUUAAAAAUUGCCGCGUACCCGUGACCGUCAAGGGUUCAUGCCAAUUUUUAAAAAAUGCCGCGUACCCGUGACCGUCAAGGGUCCAUGCCAAUUUUUUAAAAUUGCCGCGUACCCGUGACCGUCAAAGGUUCAUGCCAAUUUUUAAAAAUUGCCGCGUACCCGUGACCGUCAAGGGUUCAUGCCAAUUUUUAAAAAAUGCCGCGUACCCGUGACCGUCAAGGGUCCAUGCCAAUUUUUUAAAAUUGCCGCGUACCCGUGACCGUCAAGGGUUCAUGCCAAUUUUUAAAAAUUGCCGCGUACCCGUGACCGUCAAGGGUUCAUGCCAAUUUUUAAAAAAUGCCGCGUACCCGUGACCGUCAAGGGUCCAUGCCAAUUUUUAAAAAUUGCCGCGUACCCGUGACCGUCAAGGGUCCAUGCCAAUUUUUAAAAAUUGCCGCGUACCCGUGACCGUCAAGGGUUCAUGCCAAUUUUUAAAAAUUGCCGCGUACCCGUGACCGUCAAGGGUCCAUGCCAAUUUUUAAAAAUUGCCGCGUACCCGUGACCGUCAAGGGUCCAUGCCAAUUUUUAAAAAUUGCCGCGUACCCGUGACCGUCAAGGGUCCAUGCCAAUUUUUAAAAAUUGCCGCGUACCCGUGACCGUCAAGGGUUCAUGCCAAUUUUUAAAAAUUGCCGCGUACCCGUGACCGUCAAGGGUCCAUGCCAAUUUUUAAAAAUUGCCGCGUACCCGUGACCGUCAAGGGUCCAUGCCAAUUUUUAAAAAUUGCCGCGUACCCGUGACCGUCAAGGGUCCAUGCCAAUUUUUAAAAAUUGCCGCGUACCCGUGACCGUCAAGGGUUCAUGCCAAUUUUUAAAAAUUGCCGCGUACCCGUGACCGUCAAGGGUCCAUGCCAAUUUUUAAAAAUUGCCGCGUACCCGUGACCGUCAAGGGUCCAUGCCAAUUUUUAAAAAUUGCCGCGUACCCGUGACCGUCAAGGGUCCAUGCCAAUUUUUAAAAAUUGCCGCGUACCCGUGACCGUCAAGGGUCCAUGCCAGGGGUGUGCGGAAAAUAGAAAAAAAAAUUUUCGGAAAAUCGGUUUUUCCGAAUUUUUUUUUUCGGAAAAUUUCGGAAAAUCGGGUUUUCCGAUUUUUUUUUUUCGGAAAAUUUCGGAAAAAUCGGAAAAAUCGGAAAAAUCGGAAAACUCGGAAAACUCACUUGUUCAUUGGUUCAAUAAAGUGUUUAAACAACGCUCUAAUACAAAAAAUGCUUAUUAUGAUUUGAAAUCACUUGAGUGGGCGGAAGCCAAGCAAUGGAAUAUUUUUUUGCAAAAAAAUUAGCCGAGAGAAGCUCUCCGGGUCCAGUGUUUUCCGAUUGUCAGUGAGAAUGAGACGCGCGGUUGAAAAGAGUCGCUCCGUUUCUGCAGUCGUUGCGGGAGUACAGAAAAAAAAAAUUUUGUGAUGCGCCUUUAAAAAGCAUACGGUGGUUUCGGACAAAUUGACCUUGAAUCCACACUAAUUUUCCGAAAAUUUUGCCGAAAAUUUCUCGGAAAAUCGGAAAAUUUCGGAAAAUCGAAAUAUUUUCCGCACACCCCUGGUCCAUGCCAAUUUUUAAAAAUUGUCCUACAUUUGGCUUUUUGUGAAUGGCGGUUAAAAACAGAAGUAUAACACGAGAAUAAAGUGUUUUGGUAUAAAAUGAUCAACUACAAAGUUGUUCAACACAAAAUUUGCAACAACUUUCCAGUUGAUCAUUUUUUUUUAUUGAUGGUGGGUUCUGGAGAUGUAGGUCUCCAAAGAUGAGGGAGUUUUGGACGAUGGUAACUUCGAGGCCUCAAAUCAGGCCCUAACAGCUGCGAAUUUCAGUACUGGAGCUCGUGUCUUCCGUCCGACUAUUCGUGCGCUAAAAUCCGAAUUAUAAAGGACCGUUACAUUUUUUCGUGCAUCUCCGACUACGGAAUCAUUCGACCGGUCGAAUUCACGAAGGACAACGCGACGAACGUCCAUUCGGUCACCUACUAUAACACUUUUUCGCUCACCAAGUAGAAAUGUUUUUCUUUAAUUUUUGAAAAAAAAACUUUUAAAAAACGUUUAUAGGGGGUGCAAGGACGUUGUGAACGAGGCGAAAACGGUGGCGAACACGAGCACGACCGUUUUUUUCGCAAAUUCGACAUUUGUGACCGAAUUGUACUGUUGUAAAGGCACCGAUUGUUCCGGCGAUCAUUGGAAGGACGUUUGGAGUGAGUUCACAAUACUUUGAGCACUUGAAAAAGAGAUCACAUUUGCUAGACGACAAAGAGUACGAUCCGAUCAAGUUUAUCAACCACCGACACGUACGUGGCCUAGCUUUUCCUCUCUGCGUUCUAGGCCGCCACAUUUUCAGCGUGGCUACUUCUACUGGGUCUGCGUGUUGAGCGGCUCGAUUCCGAGCGGUCUCGUCCUGCGAUUAAGUUUGAUGGGCUACUGGAAGUGGAAAGAAGUGGCGAUCAUUGCCAGUCUGAAGCGGCUGAGCGCGAGUGUGGCCGAGGCGGACGAGGAGGACAAAGUGACACGUGGCUCGGUGCUCAAGCGAAUGCUCGGAAAGUGCCGACGUCGCCGGAAAAAGGCGGUCAGCAGUUCGAAGACGUCGGUGGAAACGAAUUCGAUGGAAGCGCUCAUAAAAGACAGACAACGAAAAGCGGGUUCAUGA